AUGGGGAUUGUGGAAGAAGCUCACAACGUCAAGGUCUUGGGAUCGGGCACGCGCUACAUAGUUCUGGCUCACGGCUUUGGAACAGACCAAUCCGUGUGGAAACACCUCGUACCUCAUCUUCUCGAUGACUUUCGUGUGGUACUCUACGACAACAUGGGAGCCGGCACCACCAACCCCGAUUACUUCGAUUUCGACCGCUAUUCCACCUUGCAAGGCUAUGCCUACGACUUGCUUGCUGUUUUGGAGGACCUUCGUGUUCAUUCAUGCAUCUUUCUUGGUCACUCAGUCUCUGCUAUGAUCGGUACUCUCGCUUCUAUUUCUCGCCCCGAUCUAUUUGCCAAAAUCAUCAUGCUCUCCGCUUCCCCUAGGUAUCUGAACGACAUGGAUUACUUCGGAGGGUUUGAGCAGGAAGACCUGGACCAAUUAUUCAACGCUAUGCAGGCGAAUUACAAGGCAUGGUGCUCAGGGUUUGCUCCGCUGGCCGUUGGCGGGGACAUGGAGUCCGUGGCGGUGCAGGAGUUCAGCCGAACCUUGUUCAAUAUGCGGCCAGAUAUUGCGCUGAGCGUGUUGCAGACAAUUUUCCAAAGCGACAUGCGCCAAAUCCUCAACCUCGUCACUGUCCCAUGCCACAUCGUCCAAAGCAAGAAGGACUUAGCGGUUCCCGUAGUGGUCGCCGAGUACCUCCACCAAAACACCGGCGGCAAGUCCAUCGUUGAAGUGAUGUCGACGGAGGGCCACUUGCCGCAACUGAGUUCGCCCGAUAUCGUUAUUCCCGUGCUGCUAAAGCACAUUCACCUCGACAUUGCAACGCAACAGUGA